AUGUGGGGGAUGGAACAUCUGGAGAGGAUGGGCCGAGAGCUCAAGUGCCCCAUCUGGUAACGGAAUCGGCAAGCCGCCGUUUCGAUUUCGAUCCACGUCCAUGCUUCAUUGUUUCUCUCCGGGUUAGAUCCCGCAGCCGAUGGGAAUCGGAGAGAGGAAGGGAGAGGCGGAUAAGUGGAAGAGGCAUCCAUGGUAGUUGCGUCGCUGAUUUCUAACUGGUUUUCUUUUUUUCUUGUGCAGCUUGAGCCUUCUACAUUCGGCAGCUUCUCUUUCAUGCAAUCACGUAUUCUGCAAGUAAGGCACCGUCCUUCCUCUCCCCCUUCAUCCUUACACAUUCCCCAUGAUCCUCUCUAGAUUUUACUCCAUUUACGAGAUACGAUAUUGGGUUCUUCUCCAGUUCAUGCAUCUCAAAGUCGAUGAAGUCAACGUCUACUUGCCCAGUCUGCAAAGUUCCUUUCCACCGGAGAGGUUGGUACCCCCCGUUGUCUUUCUCUGGAAGCAACGGACCGGGUCGAAAUCAGGCGGAAUUCAUAUAUCCUUUUGACCACUAUUUAAAUAGUUUCGAAUUAUUUGGCUGAUUUUCGCGGUUUAACAAUCUUUUUGGUUCAUUCCAUGAAAUGAGAUUGUUUCACUGCAGAUAUUCGCCCUUCUCCGCACAUGGACAGCCUGGUGGCCAUAUACAAGGGCAUGGAAACGGACGCCGGAGUAGACAUUUUUGUCUCGCAGGGAGAGGCUGGACGCAUUACCUCCGACGGUAAAUCACCAUAAGACCCGCUAUAUAUUGUACUCAGGUUUAAUUUGACUUUUACGCCUCCUCAAAAUAUAGUUUUCCCUGGCAUGAAUGCAGAAAGUUGAUGAUUUUGGCUUUAAAUAACAACCCGUAAGAAAAAUAAAGCGAUAAGGGAUUUAUUAUUUAUUUUUCCCCAACAUUAGUGACAUCUACCAAACUCUACGCAUGCCUCAUCAAGUGAUCAUGCGGAAUGAAUACGCUGUGGCAUCCGAAAACCUUCUGCCAGUGAAUUACUCCUGAUUGAACGGAAUAUCUCACUGGGAUCGCCAGAACUCGCUGUCUAUGUUAGCUAUUAUAUCUUAAGCUUAGAUAUGAUCUUUAUAUGAAUGACGCGAUACCUCAUGAUUCAAAACAGCUCAGUAAUCUACUCCUUACAUUGCCCAAAUUUCAUGUUUAUUGUUGUUCAUCAUUUGAGGCCAGAUCCUUUGCUUAUUAAUUAUGAUGAGAUAAGUCAAACCUAUGAUGCACUGUGCAGAUCAGGAGAGCCCCGUUUCUAAAGGGACAGUGGGUAAUGAGAAGAAGAGGAAGGCAUCAGAAAAUAAAUCGAAGAAUGAGAGCCUCGCAGGAACGGAGCCGAUGGAUCUCCGCUCAAGUGUGCCGUCCUUCCCCUCCAAGAAGCGCGUGCAUGUGACGCCAUACUCCAUCUCCGAGACCCCACCCAAGCCCGAAGGGCCUUCAAAACUAGAGUACCAGCAGGCAUCCAUGGACACCGCAGCCGCCUGGAAGAAGGCCCCCGUUGACCAAAGGGGAGAGCCGCUUUUCUGUCCCUUCUUCUGGAUGAGAGAAGACGUUGAGGAUGAUGAGGACCGGGUAUCAGGGAGGUCAAGCCCCCAGCAGACUGGUGACACGCCGCCACAGGUGGCUCCUUGCUUCAGCGACAUCAAGGAUGAGGACGAUGGCGAUCUCACUGGGAAGACUCCCACGGUGAAUCUCUGAUUCUUGGCUAUGGAGGGCACAUCUCCUCUUCUUUGCCUGGUUGACGACUCCUUUAACCUCUCGGAACGGUAAAUGAACUGCAGAGUAAGUCACGCGUCGGAGAGAUCCUCGAUAGUGAGAUGUUUGAAUGGACGCAGAGACCUUGCUCCCCUGAGCUAUGGCUUACGCCCGUCAAGGACCAAGUAAGAAAUGCUCGUCUGGUUUAUCUUAUUGUCUACUGCCUAACUCCUGAAUGAUUUCUCCUUUUGAAUCGUCCUGCUAUUGUUCGCCGAACUUCGAGCUCGCUCAACAGAUCAGAGAGGCGAGUCGAUCGGAUGGAUCUUGCGAGGAAGAACAUCGCGCGCCGGCGAGUGGGUCUCUGGACGGCCGCAGGACGGCUGAUCGAACAGAUCAAAACCCAGAUAAGUCUCGACCCAGCGGUCGUCGAGAGUCAGCUGCGAGAGGAAAGCAAGGACCAUCCGGGAAGAGGGUUCGAAGGAGUCGCGCGGGAAGAUCCGCAGAGUCGAGGAAGAAGAACACGAGUCUUCAGAAAAGGGCAGUCUCAUCGCCAUUGAAGGACCCGAAGAUCUGGGCGGCUCUAGGCAGGCCGUCGAGGUCUUGUGCGAGAAAACUGGCCAGCCGAUUUCAGGAUAAUCUCGAGAUGGACGGCAAGCAGGUUCCCUUUAAGAAGGCAGAGGAGGAUUGCCCUCGCGGGGGAGGCAUGGAGACGAGGGAGAAGCAGAAGAGAACGUCGCCGUCUUCCGACGAGGCUAUCGCAGAGAAGCUCCAUGUGAUUCCUCAGGAUGCGGUGGUCGCCUCUUCUGAUUCCUCAGUUGGGGCUCCUCACCCCAGUGACGACAAAUGCUCCUUCUGCCAUUCGAGCGAGGAAACGGAGGUAGUACGACAAGACCUUGUUCGUUCUUGUUCUUGUCCUCGCCGGAGAGUAUCAUGCUGUGGAGCCAUAUUUGCAGGUUAGCGGGGAGAUGAUACACUAUCUCGACGGCAGACCAGUCGCUUCGGACUUCAAUGGAGGCGCGAGGAUUAUACACUCUCACAGGCUUUGUGCGGAAUGGUCGCAGCCCUCGGCUUGGACGCUCCUCUCAUCGUCUUCUUCCCCACCCGGCAGCGGUCGUUUGUGGCUGACAGGGUUGACUUUAAUGCGUGCAGGGCGCCAAAUGUAUUCUUCGACGGUGAUGGGGUCGUCAAUCUUGCGGCCGAGGUGGCGAGGAGCAGGAGGAUUAGGUGCAGCCACUGCGGGGUCAAAGGGGCUGCUCUGGGUUGUCUCAAGAGGAGCUGCCGCAAGAGCUUCCAUUACACCUGCGCUAAGCUCAUCUCAGGAUGCCACUGGGACGAGGUAAGAAUCUUCUGACGUUGAUCGGGAAAAAAGGUCAACUGCAUUGACCCGCUGAAAUCUUUGUUAUAGGAAAAUUUCGUGAUGCUGUGCCCUAUUCAUGUGUCGUCGCGGUUACUUCUUGAUGCUCCUGGCUCUCAACGCCAGGGACUGCUAAAGUCAACUCACAGACGGUAGGUUUUCAAUGACGAAACAUACUUUCUAUGCGCAUUUGGUUUAAUUGAAACCUCAUCUCUACAGAGCAUCUCGAUCCCAAGCAAGCACACGGCAGCCUUGGCGAUGGUCAGCCGUGUCAUCUCCAAAGUGGGUUCUUUGUUGUUCUUCUCUCUCCCCAGUGGAGAAGGUGGGCUCGAAGUUCUCUGUCUGUCUGUUUCUCUCUCUCUCUCUCUCUCUCCUUCUGUAUAGAGACCUUAAUUCGGCGUCUCCAAUUGACAGGAGGCCGUCUCUGAGCUGGCAAAGCUCGCUGGCGUUCUCCUCUCAAAGGGCUGGAGCUCCGCGGUCACCCACGUCAUCGCGUCGGUCGACGAGGAGGGUGCUUGCAGGAGGACGCUCAAAUACCUGAUGGCCAUCGCGGAAGGAAAAUGGAUACUAAACAUGGGCUGUAAGGGCUCUUCAUGUCGGUUUCAGACCACCUCCAAGGGGACAACGAGGACAAAUCGUGAUAAUGCGUUGACCUAAUGAUGUGGCAGGGGUCAACGCGUGCUUAAAGGGCGGGAAGCCAUUUGAAGAGGAUCCUUACGAGAUCAGAAAGGACGUCCAUGGAAUGAGCGACGGCCCCCGGCUUGGAAGGCUAAGGGCCCUCAGACAGGUUCUCUCUGGCCACGAAGAAGGCCUUUUUGAUGGGCUUCUUUUUAUUUAAUGUCCAAAAAUUGGUCAACCUACUCUUUGACUUUCUGUUUUCUAUUACUAAUUUUUUUAUGUACAGGAGCCGAAGUUAUUCGAUGGUUUUAAGUUCUACUUCACGGGGAACUUCCCUGCAGUCUACAGGGGUUACCUGCAGGAUCUGGUCACCGUAGCGGGGGGUGCGGUUCUACAGAGGAAGCCCGUCGCCAAGCAGGGGGAAGGCUUGUCUCCGGCGCCGGUCUUCAUCGUCUACAGCCUCGAGCCCGCUGACGGCAGCGCCGCCCGGGUGGCCGCGGAUGCGGUCCUGGAACGCCGGCGGGCUGAGGCGGCGGCAGUCGCGGAGGCUACCGGCGGCAGGGCAGCGACCAACCGGUGGGUCCUCGACUCCAUCGCUGGCUGCCGGAUUCAAAGCCUUGCAGUUCCCGCCGCCGAGGAAUCGGUGUGUCGGACAUAG